AUGCUGCGGAACCUGGCCGCCAACGAACAGCAGCGCCUGCUCGACUGCUUCAACGAGACCUGGCGGUCAGGGCAGGUGCCAGAGUCCUGGCGCUUGGCCAUCGUGGCCCCCAUCCUGAAGGCCAGAAAGCCGGCCGGGGACCUGUCUCCUACCGGCCGGUCUCCCUCACCUCUGCGGCCUGCAAGGGGCUUCCUGGUCGACCAACAAACAGGCUUCCGGCGCCAACGAUCCACUGCAGACUCCAUUGCAAACGUGGUCUCCACACUGGAGGAGGCCAAGGCCCGUGGAAACAUCGUACUCUUGGUGCUCAUCGACAUCAAGGGAGCCUUCGACGGCCUGCCCACCCAGUCAUCCAGCAGGCCCUGGACCUCCUCGGCAUUGGGGGAAACCUGCGCCGCUUCAUCACGUCCUUCUUGA